UUCUUGCCCCCUCAACCCCCAAAAACACCCAGUGACCUCUCCUCGUUCUUUGUCCUUCUCACCUUCUCCCCCUCCCGCUUCCUGCACGAAAACCCUUGUUUAUUCCUCAUUAAUCAUCUUCAAAGACAAGAACAAACCACCCACCACCACCACCAUCAUGUCCACCGUCCCCGCCGACCCCGUAGCGGUCGACGACAAAGGCAUCAUCAACGCCGUCAACACCACCACCUCCUCCAACGGCCUCAACGAGGUCCGCGCCUACGACUAUGGCGGAAACCCGCUCGCGCGCUCGCACACCGGCGAGUCCGUCCGUCUCCCUGCCUUCGGUGGUGAGUUCCAGCCCGGUCUGUACAAGGAGAUCUCGCACCGCAAGUUCGCCAACCCUGCGCCGCUGGGCCUGUCGGCUUUCGCCCUCACUACUUUUGUCCUCUCCUUGAUCAACCUCCAGACGGAGGGUGUUACCGCGCCGAACUUCAUUAUUGCUCUUGCUUUUGGUUAUGGUGGACUCGUGCAAUUGCUCGCGGGCAUGUGGGAAAUGGCCGUCGGCAACACCUUCGGAGCCACCGCGCUCUCCUCCUACGGUGGCUUCUGGAUCUCCUUCGCCAUCAUCCUGACCCCCGGCGGCUUCGCCAUCGGAGACGCCUACAAGAAUAAGGACGACUUCAACCACGCCAUUGGCUUCUACCUCGCCGGCUGGUUCAUCUUCACCAGCAUCCUCCUGAUCUGCACGCUUCGCUCGACCGUGGCUUUCUUCCUGCUGUUCUUCACGCUGGAUCUUGCUUUCCUCUUCCUCACUAUUGGUCACUUGCAAUUGCAGGAUGCUGGUGUUGGAAAGCCAAAGAUUACGCAGGUGGGAUGCAUCAAGGCGGGAGGUGUGUUUGGAUUGCUCGCUGCGUUUUUCGCUUGGUACAACGCCCUUGCUGGUAUUGCCGAUACUAGCAACUCCUUCUUCGUCAUCCCCGUCGCCCACUUCCCCUGGUCCGACAAGGGCCGCGAGGCACGCGUCCCCAAGACCGAGCGCGAGAUCGUCUAAACGGUGUUGGUUGGCAACUACGUGUUUUUGCGUGCGUGCGAGAGAGGCAAUCAAGAAGCCCUUCUUGUAUGGAAGGAAUGGAACAUUGGCUCCGUCGUUUUUUUAGGAUUGACGGAUUUGAAAAGAUCAUGUAAAAUUCCGAAAGACGCUUGCUGUGGGAAGUUUUAUUUGUCACAAGGAUUCAUCAAUUGGGCUCUGUUUUGUUUUAAUAAUUAUCAGAAUGCGUCGAAUAUAAAGCGCCUCUUUCUUGGCCAUAUUUUCGAGUACAGACUGUCUUUCUACUACGUUCUUGGUCUGCUGCUGUGUGCGUUCACGUUGUGCGGUGACCAGUUCUCACUCAUCAAAGCAUUUGUCUCUUGCGAGAGUCACAACUUUCAUUAGCAGGCAUAAUCCUGCUGUAUUUUUAAUUUAUCUUUGCUAUUGUUGUCUGCGGAAGUCUUUGAAUACCCAGUCUAGUCUUUUGCCCUUUUUGAGUAAAAAAAUCACAGGAUUAACUUCAGCGUUGACAUCGCAAACAAGUUGCUCGUUUUCCGUGAUUUUCCCUGUUAUUUCCGUGUCGGCGCGACGACGCACGUUACGCUCAUCCAUCCAUCGUCACGCCGACUCGCCUUACAA